AAUUGCAGUGCGCACACACUUCCUGAUGGAGCUGCUCCUGCGAAGAAUAAAAAUACACUCCUAGCAAAGCCAGCUAGACGAGUUGUGAAAAAGUUAUGUCUGGCUGUCAAGUGGAUAGAGAAAGGCUAUUUUUAAAAAUGGACGUCAUUCCUCGGUUUUCUGUACAUUAAUAGCAGAAAAUAUCCCCAUGUCCAGAGAGCCACCGGCACUGGUGACAAGACAACUGCGAAGGGUUGGAUUGUUAAAGCUAAUUAAGUCCCGGUACCUAGCGUUAGCAACCAGGCUAGCCAGCUAGCGCAAACUGGCUAGCCAAUAUACUGCAGGCCUUAAGUAUCUUGCUUUUACUCGCGAAUGUUGUAUGGUACUGUUUAAAUGUGGUCAGCACUAGUCUAUAAUAAUGCUAUAGGCCCGUAUUACGUUGCAAAAGCUAACUUUGAGUACUCUUUAGUGUCAGUGACAGUUUUUGCUGGGGCAGCUACAGCUCGCUCUGCUAGCUAAGCUACGCGGUUAGCCAGUUGGUUGACUGCAUCACACUAACUUAGCUGACAGGAGGCUAACAUUAAGCCGUUGAAUCUUGUUUGAGAGGAUGUGUAACCAACCGUGUGGCCCCCUUUUAAAGUAUAGCUAAAGCUAACCGUAACGUUAUUCAUUAUGUUACUUAGCCACGUCCCUGGCCGACGACAAGUUAGUCUACAAUUGUGCCAUUGUGGUAGCUAGCUAAAUGUCUUGAAGCAAGUCUUCUCUUUUGCCCAAUUUAACUGUGAAAAGGUGUCAACAUAUGUGUUCUUCUUGUCUGCUGUUUGCUCUUUUCAGUAAGCUGCUAGCUGACGUUAGCUAGUAAUGUCUCUAACGUUGCCAUCCGUCGAUAUACUUGAAACACCUCCUGGAUAUCCAUUUGAAGAAAUCAACUAUGAGGAUAUUGAAGUCGAGGAGGUGGUGGGGAGAGGAGCUUUUGGGGUUGUUUGCAAAGCCAAAUGGAAAGGCAACGAUGUCGCGAUCAAGACCAUCGAGAGCGAAUCGGAGAGGAAAGCCUUUAUUGUCGAGCUCCGGCAGCUUUCGCGUGUGAAUCACCCCAACAUUGUGAAGUUGUACGGCUCUUGCAAUAAUCCAGUCUGCCUUGUGAUGGAGUACGCUGAAGGCGGGUCAUUGUACAAUGUGCUGCAUGGUGCUGAACCCCUCCCCUAUUACACUGCUUCCCAUGCCAUGAGCUGGUGUUUUCAGUGUUCCCAGGGCGUGGCCUAUCUCCAUGGCAUGAAACCAAAGGCUCUCAUUCACAGGGACCUCAAGCCACCCAAUCUGCUUCUAGUGUUAGGCGGCACUGUGCUGAAGAUAUGUGACUUUGGAACAGCAUGUGACAUUCAGACCCACAUGACCAACAACAAAGGAAGUGCAGCAUGGAUGGCCCCAGAGGUAUUUGAAGGCAGCAAUUACAGCGAGAAGUGCGACGUGUUCAGCUGGGGGAUCAUUCUCUGGGAGGUGAUCACUCGCAGGAAGCCCUUCGAUGAAAUCGGAGGACCAGCCUUUCGCAUUAUGUGGGCCGUGCACAACGGCACAAGACCUCCUUUAAUCAAUAAUUUGCCCAAGCCCUUAGAGAGCCUGAUGACCCGCUGCUGGUCUAAAGACCCCUCUCAGCGGCCUUCCAUGGAGGAGAUAGUGAAGAUCAUGACUCAUCUAAUGAAGUACUUCCCAGGAUCUGAUGAACCCCUGCAAUAUCCAUACCAGUAUUCAGACGAUGGGCAGAGCAACUCUCCAACUAGCACAGGUUCCUACGUGGACUACACCAGCACAAGCAGCAAAAGCGAUGCCAACAUGGAGCACAGUGAUUCUCAAGGGAGCAAUGACACUAUCAAGAUCACGCCUCAGUUCGCCCCUUACUUCAAGCCAAAGGCAGACCCGCUGAGGACUCUGCCUCUGUCCAGGGGGGGCAGCGUUGAGAGUCUGCCCGCACGGACGCAGUGCCUGGCGUCGUCGGACAGCAAAAGAAUGAGCGCCGACCUGUCGGAGCUGGAGCCCAAGAUGCCGUUUACGCCUGCAGCCACAUGCGAGCCUCAGAGACGUCGGUCCGUGCAGGAUCUGCCAGGCAUCGGCACAGAGUCCAGCCAGGGGAGCAGGAACAGCAGCCGGUCCUCCAGUCCGAGUGUGAGGAUGAUGCCUGACAAGACGAGCAGCAGGGGUUACUUCUCCCCCGACGAACCCACAGACACCAACGGCUCGGACAACUCCAUUCCCAUGGCUUAUCUCACCCUGGAUCACCAGCUGCAGCCUCUCGCUCCUUGUCCCAACUCCAAAGAGUCCAUGGCUGUGUUUGAGCAGCACUGCAAGAUGGCCCAAGAAUACCUGAAGGUGCAAACGGAGAUCGCCCUGCUGAUCCAGAGAAAGAAGGAGCUCAUCGCUGAACUGGACCAAGACGAGAAGGACCAGCAGAACACGUCCCGUCUGGUGCAGGAGCACAAAAAGCUGCUGGAGGAGAACAAGAGUCUGUCCACGUACUACCAGAAGUGCAAAAAGCAGCUGGACCUGAUCCGGGUCCAGCAACAGAAGAGACAGGGCACGUCGUGAUGAGACAGAGACGUCUAUGAACUGCUACCAAUCCCCCCCC